GAAAUUUAAAGCUGUUAAAUUCUUAAAUUGGCUCUGAUAUUAGAAAACUAAAUGUCUUCCAACGAAACCGCAAAGAGGCCCUCGAGGCAAUUGUACGCAAUAAGGACAUGCGUGCGAAUGUCCGAACAACCUCAGACAGACGUCAACAUUUUUUUUAUAAUAGUGGGAAUGUUAGGAUUACUUGUUGUGGCCGUUCUAGCUGUUUUACAUCUUUUUCAUUAAUAUUAAAGAUGUAAAAUAUGCCGAUGAAAAGAAGGAAGCUUGAAAUUAUGAUCAAACUGUGAUGUUGACUGUUGAUGCUUGCAAGAGAGAUUUGAUGUUUAAUGCUUGCGUAAAUUCUUAUUGCAUCAAUGUCUAUAUAAAGGGAAUAUAAUUUAUUAUGUGUAUACAUAUAUAUAAUUGAUGUAUUCACGACACAGUGUGAUAUUAAACUGUGAUACAGAUUAAACGCAGCUUUUUUAGAUCUGCUUUAAGAGAGAGAGAGAGAGAGAGAAAGAGAGAGGAGUUUGAGGUCCUAGGUUAUAUUGUGAUUAUUGUUGAAUUCAAAUUUAUCAAAAUGACGUCGAUACUUUGUAUGCGUACUGGCUUUGCAGUAAGCCGAACAUUUUUUUUAUCCAAUAUUCUCGGGAGAAAUUACGUAACAUACAUUCAAGGCCAAUCCCCUCAACCUCGUGUGCGAGAGUACUUCUAUUAUAUUGAUCAUCAAGGCAUGUUGUUCCUGGAUGACGUCCGCAUUAGGAAUUUCACCUCCUGCUUCAAAGACAAAAAAUUCCUGGCGUUCUUCUUCAAGCGCCUAAGGAAAAAUGACACUGAACGUUACACAGACGACUUUCCAUUCUUGUCAAUUUGUGGCAUAGAGAGAAAUUAUGUGAGAUGUGACGAUUUGCCAUUAGUCUUCACGAAGGUGAUUCAAAAGCAUAACAUGGAAACUGGUACAGAAGAGGACUGGUUCAGUUAUGCGCACGCAGAUGACUUAUUGACGGUGCCGUUUGAGCCGCAAAGAUUAUUUAUGAACAUUAAAACAGGAAGAGUGUAUCAUCCUGCACCAGAGAAAGCGGGCGAAAUCGGUUUAGUGAGAUCCAAUCUAGCUAUUGAAUUCAGUGCUUCAUUCAACUUUGAAAACGGCGAGGGAAACGCACCAACACAUUUUAUGUGGAGAGACAAGCGAUACCAACUCGAUACGAAAUGGUACAGAGACAAACUAUCAUAAAUAGUUAAAUAAAAACAACGAAACUUUUUAUAAUUCGUAAAUACAAUGUGUAACUAUAAAAAAGGAAUUUUUCAAUGACUUGAGCGUAAACUUCAAGGCUUAUUCAGAUUAAUGGUCACAUCAACCGUCUAUCAAAAAAGUUAUUAAUAAAGAAUUUACAAACCAGCGUUGCCUAUCGCGAAAUAAUCUGAAUAAGAUUAAGAAUUCUACAAAAAAAUUAUAUAUACAUUUAGUAUAAAUGCUGGGAAAAAAUGAAACCCCUGCAUUUCUACCCGAAAAUAUUCUAUUUUAAUCAAAUAUAAUUCUAAUUUGAAAUUGGGAAAUCCCGUUCAUUUACUUUGUAUUUGAUAAUUCGUUCAGUCUUGA